UCAUGGCCGAAUCACUUCUUUUCAGCUUCGCAGAAUCGCUCAUAGGAAAGCUUGCCACUGCUGCCGUCCAAGAAGCUUCUUUGGCGUUUGGUGUACAUAGCCAGCUACAGCAAAUGAAAGCAACUAUGGAUCUCAUCAAAGGUGUUCUGUUAGAUGCUGAGCUGAAGAAUCUGCAGAGCAGUGCGCUGAGCAGAUGGCUAAGACAGGUUAAGCGGGUGUUUUCUGAUGCUGAAGACAUAGUCGAUGAUUUUGAGUGUGAAGCCUUGCGGAAAUAUGUUGUCAACACAUAUGGAAGCUGCUCAAGAAAGGUACGCCGUUUUUUCUCAUCAAGUAAUCCUGUUGUUUAUCGUCUUAGAAUGACACAUCACAUUCAAGACAUCAACACCAGGUUGGCCAAACUUGCAGUUGAUAGGAACAUGUUUGGCCUUCAAAUCAUUGACCAUGAUACACGUGUUGUUCACGUGAGGGAAAUGACUCAUUCUCAUGUAAAUCCUUCCAAUGUUAAAGGAAGGGAACAUGAUAAGAAUGAAAUAGUAAAACUUUUGGUGCAAGAUGGUGAUUAUCAAAGUCUUUCUGUUAUUUCCAUUGCGGGAAUGGGAGGCUUGGGAAAAACCACACUUGCUAAGUUGGUCUUCAAUGACAAGAACAUUGAUGAAUGUUUUCAGUUGAAGAUGUGGGUAUGUGUUUCUAAUGAUUUUGAACUUAGGAAUGUGCUCAUUAAAAUCCUGAAUUCUGCUCCAAAUCUGACUCAAGAAAACUUCAAUAACUUUGAGACGGAACAACUUCAAAUUCGUUUGAGAAGUACACUUGAAGGUAAGAAGUUCUUGCUUGUGUUAGAUGACGUGUGGAACGAGGAUCCUACACGAUGGCAUGAGUUGAAGGAAAUAAUAGAUGUGGAUGUUGAAGGGAGUAAAGUCCUAGUGACCACUCGUAGCCAUGCAGCAACUGCCAUAAUGCGCACUAAACCAUCAAAUCUGUACCUUCUUCAAUGUCUCUCUGAAGAGGAUUCUCUUUCUCUAUUUGUGAAAUAUGCUUUUGAUGAUGGAGAAGAAAAAAAGCAUCCAGAACUAUUGGAGAUUGGAAAAGAAAUAGUGGAAAAAUGUGGUGGGUUACCUUUAGUAGUGAAAACUGUUGGGAGUUCAUUGUUCUCAAGGUUUGACAAGAAAGAGUGGGAGUCUAUAAGAGACAUGAGAUUUGGAAUUUAAAACA